GAAUAGAGUGUUAAGGGAGUCUUUCUCGGGGUUUUUUUAGUAUAAAAUGGGGGUUUAUACACCAUUUGUAUAUACAAUGUUAUGGCCGACAUAUGCCAUUGAUUGGAGUUUAUCAAGAGGGAUUGUGAUAGGGAGUUUUAUGGAUGAAGAUCAGAAUGAAAUUGAGAUUCUUAAGAAUGAGGAGGUUCAACAAGUUCAGGGAAAAGAGUCAUUAGGAGGGGUAAGAUUUAGGUCAGCAGGAAAAACCAUGAGGAAUUUGGUAUAUCCAGUUACUAAAGUUCUUUGGAAGCCGUGUAUAUAUGAAAGAAAGGAUAAAAAAAUGUUUGCAAGUACAGGAGAUGCAUUGCGUCUAUGGUCGGUGAAAGAAGGGCUUUAUGAGCCAAUUAUUGAAGAAAUGGUUCUUGAACAUCGUCAACAUGGAACAAAUCAAAUAGCACCAACGACAUCAUUUGAUUGGAAUCAAGUUGCACAACAAUUAAUUGUAACGGCAUCAGUUGAUACAACAUGUAUUAUAUGGGAUAUUGAAGUAGGAGAGGCAAAAUCUAAAUUAAUUGCACAUGACCGUGAAGUAUUUGAUGUAUCUUUUCUUGCACAUAGUGCAGAUGUUUUUGUAAGUACAGGAGCAGAAGGAAGCAUGAGAAUGUUUGAUUUGAGAUCAUUAGAACAUUCAACUAUUUUAUAUGAAACAGGAGGGGAAUUGGAUGCGUAUACAUCAGAACCAUUACUUCGUGUAAGUGCGAAUACGCUGGACCAAAAUCUUCUUGCAACAUUUCAUUUAGAUUCAAAUGUAGUUCAUAUUUUAGAUAUUCGAUUUCCAGGUACACCAGUCUUGAACAUAGCAGGACAUGAUGGUAAUAUCAAUUGUGUAAAAUGGGCACCUGGAUGUAGAAAUAUAUGUGCAACAGGAGGAGAAGAUUGUCAAAUUUUAAUAUGGAAUACAACAAAGGAAUCACAGAAUCCAAAUACAUUAUUAUAUAAGAGUAUAAGAAACCAAGAGAUAAAACAGUUAAAUAAUCCUAUUUUUUCUUGGAAUGCAAACUCAGAAAUUAAUAAUUUAUGUUGGUCAGAUGAUGCAGAAUGGAUUGGUGUAUGCUGGGGUAAAAAUUUUCAAGGACUAAAAGUUUAAUGAUAUAGAAAUAUAAUUGCAUUAAAAAAACAUGUAAAAACAAUUUCAAA